AUGAUUGUAUCACUGAUAUUGUUGUCGUGCAUUUCACUGACAGUAACAAGCCUUGUGAUUGAUGAGAAUAGGUACCUGGAUGUGGAAUGCCGACAAUUGCUACGAGAAUGUGAAGGUGCACAGUGCUUGCUUCAAUUGAUAGCUAAUCCUGAAUGUGUUAUGGAGCAGCAGAUGAACACGGCCAAACGAGCGAGUCGAUCGAAAAUUCGCGAGAUUCUGCUCAACAGCUACUUGAAUCGAAUGGGAUGA